AUGAAAACAACAGUCUACGAUGGAUGUAAAAUUACUAUUGAAAAAGUUAAAAAAUUUUGGAUAUUUGCUGGGAUUUUUACAUUAGAUGACAAACGAUGCAUUCAAAAAUUGCAUGAUGAAUACAGAAAUGUGCAUAAAAAUGCAGGUGUGUCAUCGAACCAACAAAAAGAACAAGGCUCACGGUAG